AAAACAUGGGAUGCAGGAUACACACACACACACAUAUAAUUGAAGUUGUUUCCUCACUAAUGAUUGAAUUGGUUGGCUACCUUUAUAGGAAGAGGAAGUUGUAGGGUGUAAAGGUAUAGAAUAGAAGAAGGAGAAGAAGAAGAAUGGGAGGGGAGUGGAAAGGUUUAGUGCAGCUGCUGGUGCCAAUAAUUAUUCAUUUGAUAGCAGAGGAGAUGACCAGAUCUGUUCUGGUUGAUGUCACCACCAAAGCCCUCUGCAAUCCCUAUUCCUCUUGCUCUCAGGCUAUUUACAUCACUGGACUCCAACAAACUGUUGUUGGGAUAUUUAGAAUGGUGGUUGUUCCUCUACUUGGCCAACUUUCAGAUGAUUAUGGUAGAAAACCGUUCCUACUCAUCGCUGUAUCGACGACGAUCUUACCUUACAUUUUGCUUGUCAUUAAUCAGUCGGCGGGUUUUGUGUACGCGUACUAUGCUCUUCGGACGCUUUCUAACAUAUUCAGCAGCCAUGGCAACCUUUUCUGCCUUUCCUUUGCCUAUGCGGCGGAUGUUAUUGAUGAGAGCAACAGAUUUGCAGUUUUCAGUUGGAUGACUGGUCUCUUUUCGGCUUCCCAUGUCCUCGGAGAUGCCUUGGCGCGUGUUCUUCCCGAGGGCAUCAUCUUCCAGGUUUCAUUGGGUCUCUUGAUAUUCGUCCCCGUGUAUAUGGCAUUGUUUCUAGUGGAGACACUCAAGCAAACAAGCGGAGCGAAUCAAAGUUUUCCUCAAAUGAAUAAGGCUAAAAGGAUUCUAUGGGAGCGAUACGACUCUAUGCGAUCUGCUGCACGUAUUGUCCUUAGCAGUCCAACACUGAAGUGUGUCAUUCUAAUUUCUUUCUUCUUCAAGUUGGGAGUUUCCGGCAUUGACGCGGUCUUAUUGUAUUAUUUGAAGGCUGCGUUUGGAUUUGACAAAAACCAGUUGUCAGAAGUUUUGAUGGUGGUGGGAAUAGGUUCAAUUAUAUCUCAGAUGGUGGUGCUUCCGGUUAUCAAUCCGUUCGUUGGGGAAAAGCUGAUCUUUUUCGUAUCCUUGUUGUCAUCACUAGCAUAUGCAUUGCUUUAUGGAUUUGCUUGGGCACCUUGGGUUGCCUAUUUGAGUGCAUCGUUUGGAGUCGUCUUCGUCUUAAUUACACCUGCUACUUAUGCUGUGAUAUCUCGAGCAACGAGCCCAAGCGAUCAGGGAAAAGUGCUAGGAUUUGCUGCUGGGGUGAGAGCAAUGGCGUAUUUCUUGUCGCCAUUGGCAAUGACCCCAUUGACAACUUUGUUCUUGUCUGAGAAUGCGCCAUUCAACUGCAAGGGGUUCAGCAUUUUAUGUGCCUCUUUGUGCUUUGCCAUCUCCUUGUGCUGCGUGUGCACGCUGCCAACACAAACACUGCCAAACAAGGCCUCCGAGAACGACACCAUUGAAGCGCCGCUUCUUUAUUGAACAAACACGAAGGCUAAAACUCGGCAGCUAUAGAAAUGGCAGAAUUUGGAUGGAGAGCCAUGGAGGAAUGGAAUGGACUUUGUGUUUUCUUCAUAUAAAUUGCAGAAUUUGGAUGGAAAAAGUUACUGCCCAUUUAUCAGUCUCACAAAGUGAUGAAAUGUUUUUUUCCUUCACAUAAAUUGCAUAGUUUUGAAUCAUAGAGUCACUGCAAUUCAUUCAAUUGUCCAAAUGCCAAUUUCUCUGUAGCAUUAUUAUCAUGUUAAUAUUACAGAUUACAAUACUUCUCUGUACACUGGUCUUUGCUAAUGCUCUAUACUGAAAAUAAACUUAAUAGUUUGAC